AACCAAUCUCGACAGGACCAGUAUGUGAACCGUAACAGAUGCCCUCCAAGGGUGUUUAAUGUGAACGAUUUGGUCUUUGUGAUUAAGUUUUCGCAGGCUACUGGGAAGAUGGAUCACGGCAUGCGCGGCCCGUACAAAGUCACACGCGCUCUGCCAAGUGGGCGGUAUGAGCUGCGGUUGUUGGCAAGUUCCUAUGGGAAGACGACGCAAGCUGCUGCACAGUAUAUGGUGCCAUGGAAAGGGGAGUGGUGCCCUGAGACUUGCGCUGCAUUCUUUGAGCAAGGCGACCUGUCCGAGGACACCACCACCCCCGCUCACCAGGACCCAGAGCCAGUCGCUGGUCCUUCCCGUCCUGCCAGCGAGACCCGCGAGGCACCCGCGCAGCACUUGCCGGACAUAUCAGAUGCUGUCGAGGACGACGCAUGAUCAGGAUGGCCGUGUUGGAUCCUACUACCCUACGUAGGAGCAAGGGCCGGGCGUUCCCUAUAAAAGCGCAGCGAACGGUGGCGCAGGCCUCUUUUCUCGGCUGGACUCGGUGGCGUGCGGAAGCUCUGCUCGUGGUGUAAUCUGCUGUUCGGUAUUUGUGUCUUUCUUUAAUAUCUAUUGUUGAUUUGUAUAAUUGGUAAUAAUUCUGUUCCUCUGUUUGUUAAGUUUGG